AUGAAGGCUGCCAGAGACAAUUUGUUCCAGAAUGAGCACUUUCUGAACAAGUACAGAUCUGGACCAGGCUUACCCAAAGUUGUCACCAAGAAAAGCCCUCCGCUCAAGCUUGUAGGUGCCAUUGGGAAAGAGAUACACGGGCUUGAAAAUGGUAAAGCUAUCUCGAAGUCAGCAAGUCUCACUUCAGUGGCCCAGACCCAGCAGGCAACUUCACCUGAGAUAACUGCCUCAACAAUUCCUGUGGCUGCACCCUCCAAUCUCGAACUCGAUAACACCAAAUCAUUCCCCACUUCCUUGAACUCCUCCUAUUCACUCCCUUCCAAGACAAACAACCUAACCCAACCUCGGCCUUGUAUUCCUCUUACACGCGCGGAGGCUUUGUCAAUAAGAACAAAAGCAAAACACUAUCUUUCUUCGGCUGUCAAGAAGUCACCGAGACCCUGCAUCCCACGCAUCGAGGUUCAUCACGUCCCAGAUUCACCCCAACACUCCUCUUCUCUGGAGCAGGUUCUUGAGUCUUCCUUAUUGGCUCCGACUGAUACGUCCAAGGCUCCAGUUGUGAUUUCAUCAGGGGAUACAAUACUGAUACAAAGCAAGAUGGCCGCAAGCAAUGCAUCGGAUGAGGUUUUGGCCCGCCCCCGCAAAUGUUCCAAAUGGAAAGCGGAUGAAUCACAACUGGGUCCACGGCCCUCUAGACGCCUCGGUAUCCCUCGUCCCUCGUGCAACCAAGAGCAAACCAAGCGGCAAACAACGCAAGGUGGUUUUCUCAGCACAGAUCACAGAAGAAUCUCGCAGAAUUCCAAUCAAUUGAGCGAUGGCUUGCACAAAGGUGUUAGCCUCCCCGUUGACUACCAGUGCAAUGAGCCCACCAGCCCGACAUUCGGGAUGCAAGAGAACCGUUACAACAGCUCGGGAAAAGAUGUGGAGAACGAACUUGGGCGCCUGCAGAAGGAGAUCUUGAUCAAGGCCCAUAGAGCUGUGGACCUUGAGCCUACAGCCUGCCCAGAAGUUCUUACCAUGUGCAGAGAGGGCCCAGGUACAGAUCGCACCUCAGGAGUAUACCGUGAGAUGGGAAAUCUGCGUGCGGUCGAACAGGACAUACCGGAUACAAGCUACCUGCCUGGAUCGUCGCAGGUGUUCUCCACGGAAACAGAAGAGGGUGCGGAUUCGGCACAGCUCAAAAACCAACUGUGCUCCCGUUUGAGAAUCUUCAAAGAAUCCUACAAGAAGAGCCCAAAAGCUUUCCCAGUUCUUCAAAAUGAGGAAUUCUUACUUGCACCCUGCCCAACUAGAGAACACGAGAGGGCUUUGGCUAAGAUCCAAGCCGAUCGCGAGAGAGCAGCAGAGCCUGCCAGCCCUUCCACUGGAGGAAACCAAGCCACUCAAGUUUUGAACAAUAGCUGGACGGACCCUGCUAUUGUAGACUGGGAAUAUUGUCCUCGUGACAUACGCCGGCUUGGAGAACAGGACGAAAUUGCCUGGCGUGCUCGGCUGCAGGGCUGGCUGGAGACUACCAUCCAAUGUGAAUGCGCCGUGGACAUCUUCCGGCAUGCUUUCUUUAACGGCUCUGCGCACGCUGAUGGCGAGACAGCCAUGUUCAUAUUAGACAUGCGCAACUAUCAAACCGUCCUCGAUCCCAAUGACGAAAAAUCCCAGGCCCAUGCACAUGAAACUGUUGCAGGUUACUGCUACAACUUUAACCUGCGAAAGAGGAAACUGGAGGAGGCAGAAGAACACCGAAAGAUUAUGUCCCGUCAGGCUGAACUUGAAGCACGCCGCCAGCCCCUGCGUAGCUCGAACAGUCCUGUGGCCAAUAUCUAUCUGCGACCCGUCAACAUCGACAAAGACAUUGAAGAGCUUAUGGCGAUUUACAACUGGUACACUGAAAAAUCAUUCAUCAGCCCAAACAUUUAUCUUCUUAAUGAAAAUAAUGUGCGUGAACGCAUUGAAGAGAGCCAAAACGCCCAUUUGCCCUUCAUUGUUGCCGUCGAACGCCGCACCGAGAAAGUGGUAGGGUAUGCCCUUGCACGAGACUUCGACCGCCAGGAGGCAAGCCGCUUCACCGCGGAAUUGGAGUUGUACGUCGCGGAUGAUCAUACCAGUCUAGGCAUCGGUAGAUGUCUCCUAGAUAAGCUCCUUGAGAUCUGCGACCCUACCUAUACCCCGAAGUGCGGAUAUUCGUUCGAGGUGUCGAAAGCAGAGCGCUCGGGCUAUUUCUCUGGGGGCAGGCGCCGACUUUCUCGGCUCAUCUUUGCUCUGUCAUAUGUGGACAUGAAGGCCGGCGACAUCUCCAAGCACAAGAGGGUGAAACAGUGGUUGAAGGAGCGUGGAGAAUUUGAAGAGCAGGGACUGCUCGGCGGCGCCAGAGUGAAAAACAACUAUCUGGUUAAUGUUGCGUACCUUGUGCGUUCGAUCGGCCCCCGUCAUUCGAACAAACUUGUCACAUAG